UUACAUAAAAGGAAAAUGGCAGUCAGUCUUGUAUUAAACGUUUUUCUUAUCUUUUCAUGCAUUUGUUGCUUGGUGCAUUGUGAAUGUCCAAGAAAUGGAACAUGUUGUGACCAGUUCCAGUGUGAAUACAGUUUAUACAAGAAACUUAUUGAGUUAGAAAGCAAACUUGGUUCUUUGGAAAUUCAAUUAGAAGAAAGUCGUAACAAAAUAGAAAAAGUUCCAAAAAGCGGAUCAACCUACGUACGAUGGGGACGAACGACAUGUAGAGGUGAUUCAAAGGAAGUUUAUAACGGAUAUGCCGCAGGGUCGCACCACGCGGAGCCUGGUGGAGCUGCCAAUGCCCUUUGCCUUACAAAGUCACCUAAAUGGGGACAGUAUACGUCAACAGUUGAAUCAGGCGGCGCCUUUAUUUACGGGGCUGAGUAUAGUGUGUACAUGCACACUGACUGGAAGCACUUACAGGACCAUGACGUACCUUGUGUGGUUUGCCAAGUUCCACGAAGUGAUAUUUUGAUGGUCCCUGGCAGUAACAUUUGCCCAACAGGAUACAAGAUAGAAUACAAUGGCUAUCUAAUGGCUGGACAUACCCGAGGGUCUGUUGCGUCUGAAUACCUCUGCGUAGAUUCUCUUCCGGAGAAAUUAUAUGGUGGCGACGGAGAUAAAACAGCAAAAGUAUUCUGUAUCGUUCAAGCUAUAUGCGGUUCUCUUAAAUGCCCACCGUAUGUGAAUGGACGGGAACUUACUUGUGCUGUAUGCUCACGUUAGCUUUUGUGUUAUAUACUGUGCUUAAAAACAUAAAAAAAUGUUUCAGCUUUGAGAACUCAGAUUGAUUUUGAUAUCAUGUUAAUGUUAAUAACAAGCAAAUAAAGAAAUAAACACAUUUUCUCUGA